AGUGAAAGUCACUUUCCGACUGAAGCCUCUCACUCACAGAAUGAAUGCCUUUCGGACCGUCUUUCUCUUGGCUGUUGGUCUCUCUGUAGCCCACUCACUGGACUACAAGGCUCUCCAUCAGUUCAGGGGCAUGAUCCUGUGUUUGUUGCCUGACAGCUGGCCUGCUCUGGACUAUGCAGACUAUGGAUGUUACUGUGGAUACGGAGGCUCUGGCACACCCGUUGACGAUUUGGAUAGGUGCUGCCAGGUUCAUGACCAGUGUUACAGUGACGCCAUGCAGCAUCCGGAGUGCUGGCCCAUCCUGGAUAACCCUUAUACCGAGAUUUACUCCUACACCUGUGACGAAGCUAACAGAAAGCUCUCUUGUACAAACCAAAACGACGAAUGUGAGAUGUUCAUCUGUGAGUGCGACCGCAAAGCCGCAGAGUGUUUCGCCAGGUCAGAGUGGAACCCCGAACAUGAGCACCUGCCAAGUGACCAGUGUCAGUAGAGUCCUGCACAAACUGCUGCGUCAAGCAAAGAAUCUGUGCCACAUCCAUUUACAAACUUCUGUCCUACUUCAUCAGGCGUCAUUCUAAGUCACAUUCUAAAUUCUGUAAGGUCCAUUAGUCAAUGCACCUUACAGCACCAUUUACUAAUGAUAUGAUUCACAUGUGGCCUUCUAAGCAUCCAUCUUUUCUCCACCUGGAUGUUUCUGGUUGGACUUGCUGCUAUGUCUCACCCUAUAUGUCAUCAUCAUGUUUACCAUUCAUUUGAGUGUGAUGGUAAUUGCAAUUUUUGGUGCAGUUUACAGUCAGCAGAGGGCACUGUUUCUCAUUUAUCCCAUUAGUGUGUCAGAUGAGAGAAAAGCAUUGACUUGCUCAAAAACAGUUGUUCUUCUCACUUUAUGUAACAUAUUUAGAAAUAAUAAAUGACUUUUUUUUUCCCAGAGGAAAAUAAAUAUUUUUUUCAAUACCUAAAUCCUCAAAUUUUUCACUUUUAAGUGGUCUAUAAAUUGUUAGAAUGACCUUAGUAAUUUUUUUUUUUGCCAAAACUGAUUUUGGCAACAGAAAAAUCACUUUUGGCAAAAAAUAGCUUUAGCCAUUACUUUAGGAAAGUGACUAAUCUAAACCAAUCUUCAUGUAACUAUCCUGGUGCUUUCCAAUGAUUAUGUCAUGCUGGCAGUUUAGUUACAAAAUAUUUGCAAUAAUAUUAAAUUCCUAUUGCAUAAUUGAAAA